AUGAAGGCCAUACUUCGCACGACGGGUGGGCCACCGUUGUGGGUGACGUGUUGGGAAAGCAGGAUGCAGAGGGGUAUUGGAUUUAAAACUGUACGCAACGAUAAACCAUAAACCAUCGCUAUCGAAAAACUAUUCGGAGCGCGAUUUCUUUUGUACAUUUACGUACAUUUUGCCGUUUUUCCCAAUCUAGCAGAAACGUUGUUUACUCAAAAAAAAAAACAAAAACGUCAUUAUAAAACCAAUACGUUCCUCGGUUACGCUCCGAAUCCAAAAACGACAUAGUUUCGCGUUCGAUUUUUCGUCUAUUCACGAAUAUUUCCUGUGUCUGUGUACAGAGCUCGUCCUCGACGCCACCCGUCGGAGAAGACCGGCCGCCGACCGCGGUCGCGAACUACACGGAACCGCAGCAGCCGAGUUCGCUCGCGCCGAACGUCCGACGGCGGCUCACGGUUGUCGCCGACCCGACGUUGCUGUUGAAAGCGUUGCCGGCCGCCGUGGCCGCGUUCGUCAACGCGCUCACCGCCCUGACGAAGCCUGUGAACCAAGCGACGCCGUCACCGUCCGCGACGCCGUCACCGUCCGCGACGCUCGUUUCUCCGGAACCGGUCACCACCGUGCCCGCGCCGUGCCCUCGGCGGUACGUGGUUUUCCCCAACUUCAGGACCACGAUGCCGUUUUACGCCAUGUUCCUGCGGCGGGGGUUCGCGUCACAAUGGCCGCCGGCCGUUGUUCGGCAAUCGUUCGCCACGACCGCGGCUGCUGAGCCGGAAGAACGCGUUUCCGGGGAACCGACCACUGCGAGCCCGGCGGACCCGGAACAACCCGUUCCCGGAGAGCCGGAGAGCGCGGUCCGUCACUCCGACUCCGACCUGCCGAUUUUCGAGCCGGAUAGCGUAGUCACUACUGCUCCGGACGUUUCGCCGUCGGAUUCCACCACCGUCGCCACGGUUCCCGACCGCGAUGCCGUCACCGAAAAUCCAAGCGACCAACGUCCACAUGAAUAUCAAAUUGUGUUCGCCACGUCGCCAUUCGGCGGUUCAGCGUUCAAAAAACCGCACAAACAUCCAAAAUUUGUUCUCAAGUCCAUCAAAUACUUAAACGAAAACGAAAUACCUUCCACGGAAUAAUCGUUGCACAAUAAUCAGCACAUAACCAUGCACCUCAUAUAUUAUAUAAAUAUAUCAAUAUUGCACGUCAAAUGCUCUAUAAUAAUAUCAUAUUGACCCACAUACGCUCAUUUCUAAAAUUGAAUACAUUGCUAUACUAAUUAUUUUAAAAUAUCAAAGUAUACACCAUUGCGUUUGUGUUAUUCGAAUUUUAUGAAAAUAAAAAACAAAUGAUGCAUUUAAAAAAAAUUGUUUUCACU